AUGUUCUCCAGACCUGCAUUGCGCGCGGCUCGCGCCGCCAGAGUUGCUACUCCUGCUUUCAGAGCUGCCAGACCCAUCACUUUCUCCGCUCCCCUCAAUGAGCCAGCACCAGAUGUUGUGGCCGCCACUGAGGUCAAGCACAGCUCCUACGCUGAUGGAUCAGUUGAGAGAUCAACAAUUGUGGUUAAUCAAAACACCAUCGAAAAGUCUGGCCCAUUGAGCAAGGCUACAUACCAGAACCUCCCACCAACAAUGCAGAAGAUGUCCUUGAUGGACAAGGUGGUUGUUGUGACUGGUGGUGCUCGUGGAUUGGGAUACAGCAUGGCUCAGGCUUGUGCAGAGGCUGGAGCCAAGGCUCUGAUCAUUCUUGAUGCCAAUCAACAGCUCGGAGAGGAGGCUGUUGCAUCCCUCCACGCCUUGACUGGUGACACUGUCCCAGUCGCUUUCUACAACGUUGAUGUUCGUGACGAGAACGCCAUCAACGAGUCGAUCAACGCAUUGGUCAAGGCAUACGGCGUUCCAGAUGUCCUGAUCAACUCCGCAGGUAUUGCUGACUCCAACAUGCCAGCCGAGACCUAUGACACCAAGAAGUGGACCCGCCUCAUCGACAUCAAUUUGACUGGUUCAUUCUUGAUGGCACAAGCAGUUGGAAAGCACAUGAUUGACGCAAAGAAGCCUGGAUCCAUUGUUUUCAUCGCCUCGAUGUCUGGUGGGAUUGUCAACUACCCACAAGAACAAUCUUGCUACAACGCCUCCAAGGCUGGUGUCAUCCAGCUCGGAAAGUCCUUGGCCGCUGAGUGGGCUAAGUUCAACAUCCGUGUCAACUGCAUCUCCCCCGGUUACAUGGACACCGCACUCAACAACGUCCCAGCUCUCGAUGCCCAGAAGAAGAUCUGGAAGUCCCUUACCCCACAGAACCGCCUCGGUGCCGUUGACGACUUGAACGGUCUCGCAGUUCUCCUCGCAUCCGACGCAUCCGCCUUCAUGACCGGCAGCAAUGUCAUCAUCGACGGCGGCUACACCCUCUACUGA